CUGUGGACGCACUCGAAAUAUACUCCCCCCGCCGUCCUCAAGAUCAAGAUGAGUCACCGUAAGUACGAAGAGCCUCGUAGCGGUUCCCUCGGAUUUUUGCCCCGUAAGCGUGCUGCUCGUCACCGUGGAAAGGUCAAGUCCUUCCCUAAGGAUGAUCCCAAAAAACCCGUUCAUUUGACGGCAAUAAUGGGAUACAAGUCUGGUAUGACCCACGUUGUACGCGAUCUUGAUCGUCCAGGCUCUAAAAUGAACAAACGUGAGGUUGUGGAGGCGGUCACUAUCGUUGAAACACCACCCAUGAUUGUCGUUGGCGUUGUCGGCUAUGUCGAGACUCCCCGUGGGCUGCGCACUCUCACCACGGUUUGGGCCUCGCACUUGUCUGAUGAAGUCAAACGUCGCUUUUAUAAGAAUUGGUACCGCUCCAAGAAGAAGGCGUUCACCCGCUACGCUAAGAAGCACGCUGAGGAUGGUGGCAAGUCAGUUGCGCGUGAACUCGAGCGUAUUCGUAAAUACUGCACUGUCGUCCGUGUUUUGGCACACACCCAGAUCCGCAAGACUGGUUUGAGCCAGAAGAAGGCUCACCUCAUGGAAAUCCAAGUCAACGGUGGCUCCGUUUCAGACAAAGUCGAAUUCGCACACAACCUGUUCGAGAAGCCGUUCGAAGUCAGCACCAUCUUCGAGCAGGACGAGAACAUCGAUGUUAUCGCUGUUACGAAAGGUCACGGUUUCGAAGGCGUUACACACCGAUGGGGAACCAAGAAGCUUCCACGCAAGACCCACAAAGGUCUUCGUAAAGUUGCUUGUAUCGGUGCUUGGCAUCCUUCGAAAGUCAUGUUCUCGGUCGCUCGUGCUGGUCAAAACGGUUAUCACCACAGAACUGAACUCAACAAGAAGAUCUAUCGCAUUGGUUCAGGCGAGGACCCGCACAACGCAUCGACAGAACACGACGUCACUAAGAAAGCCAUCACACCGAUGGGCGGUUUCCCCCACUAUGGCAUUGUAAAGAACGACUUCUUGAUGUUGAAGGGCUCAAUACCUGGAACCAAGAAGCGUAUCAUCACUCUUCGCAAGUCUCUCAUGGUCCACACAUCACGGAGGGAUUUGGAGAAAGUUCAGCUCAAGUUCAUCGAUACUUCCUCUAAGUUUGGUCACGGCUCUUUCCAAACAAUAGAAGAGAAAAAGGCGUUCUUGGGAACGCUCAAAGCCCGUGCAUGAGCUUCUAUUUCGUAGUUAUGUGUUUAUGCGUUUAUGUAGUACCGCUAUGAUCUGCUACAUCUCUUCUCCAUAUCACGACGCACCCACACCAUUCAUAAUGUCAUCAAUAGCUAGGAUCGCGUGAAAUAUGUAGGAAAGACGAUGUCUGUCCGCGAACAAAAAAGAAAAUGAAUUGUAGUUGACAGCUAGCGCUGUCGCUUAGUCUUGAC